GUGAUUUUGAACCAUAUCGCGGAGGCUUGCUAAGACUUGCAUCAUGGUGGAGAAAGUACAGUUUGGCAAAGUUGAUUUUGCCGUGUUUGGAAUUAUGUUAUUCCUGUCGACCGCUAUUGGAAUAUAUCAUGCCUUCACCGGUGGAAAGCAGCGAACAACGAAGGAAUUUCUCUUCGCGAAUCGCGGAAUGAUGGCAAUACCAGUAGCCUUGUCUUUGAUCGCAUCAUUCAUGUCAGCUAUCACAAUUCUUGGUGUUCCGGCAGAGAUUUACAUCUUUGGGACACAGUAUUGGCUUAUUAUUGCCUCCUACGUAAUUCUCUUUCCAUCCGUAGCCCUGGUUUUUGUUCCUGUGUUCCGCGCUGUAGAUAUCUCGAGUUCGUACGAGUAUUUAGAAAAGAGAUUUUCAAAUGGAGUGCGUAUUAUUGGCAGUGUCUGUUUUAUAAUCCAAACGUCUCUUUAUAUGGCUAUUGUGGUUUAUGGUCCGGCCAUAGCACUAGAAGCAGUGACUGGAUUUCCAGUUUGGGCAUCCAUCAUAUCCAUCGGAGUUUUCUGUACUUUCUACACAACUAUUGGAGGUAUGAAGGCUGUUAUAUGGAAUGACGUAUUCCAAGCCAUUGUUAUGCUGGGAGGUCUAAUUGCAGUACUGAUUGUUGGCACACAUAAAGUUGGUGGUUUUGGAAAUGUGUUUGAUCGUCUUGAGAAAGGGCAACGCCUCAAGUUUAUUGACUUAAACCCAGAUCCUACACAACGUCUGUCAAUUUGGAGUCUGAUCAUUGGUGGUGCUUUUGGUUUGUUUCCACUCUGGGCUGUCAAUCAAACUGCUGUUCAACGAUUUUUGGCAGCAAAGUCCAACAGAGAAGCAAAAUUGGCUGUUUGGAUAAACCUGCCUCUCAGUGUUUUAGCUGUUAGCCUAUGUGCUCUGUGUGGAUGUGUGAUUUAUGCAUUUUAUGCUGACUGUGAUCCCAUUUCGAAUAAACAGAUAAAGAAGGGUGACCAGAUUCUGCCAUAUUUUGUUAUGCAUGUACUGGGAUCACUGUAUGGAGUUCCAGGUUUAUUCGUGGCUUGCUUAUUUAGUGGAACACUAAGCACGGUGUCUUCUGGUCUUAACUCACUAGCAGCUGUAGUGUUGGAAGACUUCAUCCGACCUUGGACCAGACGUCAACAGAAGGAGUUGUCAGAGACUCGUGCAACCUUGUACUCAAAACUGCUUGCUUUAGCAUUUGGAGGUUUGACCAUUGGCUUGUCUUUCCUUGCUACCAAGCUUGGUGCCAUUUUGCAGACAUUUUACAGCGUGUUUGGAGUAGUUGGUGGUCCUGUUGUAGGAGCAUUUUGUCUUGGAAUGUUCACUCGUCGAGCUCACUCCAGGGGUGUGUACGUUGGAUUGUUACUUGGAUUUAUCAUUGGUUUGUGGAUCGGUAUCGGAGCUAAAGUUUACCCUCCACCCGCCACUAAAGCUCCCCUCUCGACUGAAAAGUGUCAAAUUAUGCCAACGAACAGUACAGUCAUGGUGAACUCAACCAGUUCACCGCUCCCACCAAAGGAAUACGAAGGCCUGGCAUUGUACAGACUGUCUUUUUUGUGGUACAGCGCUGUGUGCUUUGCAGUGACUUAUCUAACUGGACUGAUUGUCAGUGUCUUGUGGCCUGGUGAUCAUAGAAUUGGUGAUGUGGACUCUCGGCUGCUGUUCAAAAUUGGUUACUGCUUACCUGAUUGCGCAUUGAAAAACUCUCAAGAACCACAGGAUGAACAUCAACAGUUAAACCAGGUUGAUAGAAAAACAGCAAAGGAGAAUGGAACGACUUCAAAAUUCGGGGGGGACAUGGAACACGUUGAAGAGGACACAGAGGGUGCAUUACUUAUGACCACAAGGAUGUGACGUAAUCAUCCUACCAUCCGAGUUUGACUGAAGAGUUGGAAGAGUUGAGGGUGGUGGCAGACUGAGUAAUGUUCGUCACGGUUCUGAUAGGCAUGAGUUGCGUGACUUAUGGAUAGAGAAAGUCAUUUCGUGACGCAUCUGGUGAUGAAGCUGUGGAAGGGUCUUUGCGGUCAUUUCUUUUUGGUUUGGUUUAAAGAAAAAUGGAAUAAUUGAUUUUGAAUUUUCAUAUUUAUUUACACUUUUUUCCUGUUUAAAAAAAGCGAUAAAAUGAUGUUAUAUGGUAUUUGUUGUAAAUGAACCUUUUCGUACGUACACAGAUUCUCACUAAUUCGGAUAAAAAAAAAUGUGCGCAUGGGCUAUACAUAUCGAGGAGGCUGUGUAGCGGCUUUCAAUAUCUUGUGUAAGUAAUCUUAGCCGAAGGUAACAUGCGACAUAAAGAACUAUUACGAAUGAUUUGAAAAACUAUAUGUAACAUGAGCCAUUCUGCAAUCACUCGUGUACGUAAAGCUUACUCAAAAAAUACCAUCCUAAGCAAGAGAAGUAAAUAUGAAAACGAACUUAUCUGACAGUAUGCGAACUACAAAUUACAUAAGUGAAAAUUAUACCUUUUUUUUCUCCGGUAAGAUCCACCAAGGUCUAAUUUGCAAGUAUCUUCUUAAACAAUUAUUUCGCGUGCGUAUAAAAUUAGGAAGGUCUGAUUUUAAUGUCCUUUUGACUUGACGCGAAACGAAAAUUGCUUAAUCAUAGUUAAUAAUUAUAGGCUGUGUCUUUCGUGAUCGGUUUAGGUAGAGUUGAGUCCGAUCAAAAAGUGGAGUUGAAAGAAAUCAGGGAGGAGAACAAUGUUGAAGGGAAUGACGAAUGUAGCACUACGCUCUGUGAUUAGUCUGGAAACAUCGCGUCAUCCUCUCAUCCAAUCAUAUGCAAGACUAAAACCAAUCGUGACUUGGUUACUCACGAGAUCCCGCCCUUCAGUUUUCACCUUGAGUUCAGAUUGGUUCUCCGAAAUAUGUUUCUUUGUUCUAAUUGGCUGUAGUGUUUACUCCGAUUUAGUUUCAUGACACCCAUUCAAUAUGUGGUAAAACGGCAGCUAAUCAUAAUUUGGUAGAAAACACAGUGGAAAAAGUCCCGUUUGGUUUUAGUUUUGCGGUUGGGUGAUGAAUCACAGUCCUUGUACAAGUUGUUCCCGCCCCAGUUUUAAGUUAAGUGGUAAUAAAUAUAUUUAGUUAAUCGUUGGCUUGGGAAAGUUCGCUCCCUUCCCCGGAUGGUAAAGCUAAUUAAGUUCGGUGGUGUCCAAUCUGAGAAUAACCACUUAAGCAUGAGAACUUCGUUUGAUCGUUACAGUAAAAUGAAUAUUACCACGGCUAGGUUUUCUAUGCCUGCGUCAAAACUAAGUGUAUUUUUCUUAAAUUAACUCUCAAAUUUUCCAAUGUUGUUGAAAUGCCCUUGUGAAAUUUUCUCGUCACCAGACUUGUUUUGGAUUGUGGUAAUGAGGACCUUUUCUUUUUUUUUCUUUUUUUUUCUUUUUUUUUCUUUUUUUUUUUUACUGAUAUCUAUCGUUCUAAACCAAACUGAAGAACCGAAAAAAAGCUUUCAAUCGUUUGAAUACCCAAGGGAACUAAUAUUUGCUUUUACUGUGAAUGAGAGCUUAGUUUUUUUUUUUUAAUUGAAUUAGGAUUUUUUCGGAAAUUGAGCGUUAACUCAUCCUUUUUUCACGGUUAGGAGAUUCGAACAGAUCGUACGGCUCGUGAGUACAUUAGACGACUCGGAAACCAUCCGUGGUAUUAGACACGAAUGGCUGUUGACAGUUGCUUUGCGGAAGUGUUUUACCCUGCACACACGUCAUUUCCUGUCUCGCAUCUUUGACUUCGUUUUCGAAUCAGAAUCAGGUUGAGACUUGCAAUAGUUCUCAAGGAAACCUUAAUCAUUAUCAUUCAUUUUUCUUUUGAUGUUUUCCUUUGAAUGUUAGUAAAUAUUGAGCGACCAUUGUUUUCCUUCAUUUCAGCAAUUUCGUUUUUCAUUAAGGAUUUCAGGUAUUAAUUAAAAGCCCUUUUGUGUUGGUCAGAGAAGUUGUGCGGUGAUUCCACCAGUAAUUAAGUACACACUUCACUCAGCAGUGAUGACAUGAAUUUAUUUAAUGUACAAUGCAUCAAAGGGAAAUUACAUCUACAUUAUCCUGCUUAAAAUAGACUUUGCAAACUUGCAAAUUUCGCUACUGCCGUACGUGGUUAUAUUUAGAUUGACAGAAAUAUUUUAUUUUACAUGAAUUCUCGUCAAUGCAAGCCAUUAAAACUGAGUUUCAAAACCCGCUUUAA